AUGUCAAAAGUGGAGACUCAGAGCAGACCAUUCUCCAUCUUCACCCAUCGUCAAAAGCUCGGCAUCGUCAUGGCCUCUGCCACCGCAGCCUUCUUCUCGCCAUUGACAGCCUCAGUCUACCUGCCCGCACUGCCCGCCAUAGCCAAGGAGUUCAAAGUCUCGUAUUCCGCUAUCAAUCUGACGGUUACAACGUACAUGAUAUUUCAGGGCAUUACGCCGAUGUUCGUUGGCGCCUAUGCCGACUCAGCAGGUAGGCGACCAGCCUACAUGUUCUGCUUUGUCGUGUACAUGGCAGCUAAUAUCGGAUGUGCACUUGCACCCAACUACCCAGCGCUGCUCGUACUGCGCAUGCUGCAAUCUGCAGGCUCCAGCACGACUGUGGCUCUGGCGCAGGGCGUCGUGUCAGACAUCAUCACAUCGGCCGAACGCGGCAGAUACGUGAGUUACAUGUCGACGCCAGUCUUGCUAGGGCCGUCGUUAGGUCCUGUUCUGGGUGGCACACUGGCACAGUAUCUUGGGUGGCGGUGGAUUUUCUGGAUCCUAACCAUCAUGUGCGGGACUUUGUCUGUUGCCUUUGUGGUGUGGAUGCCCGAGACGUGUCGUGGGAUUGUGGGUGACGGGUCCGUUCAGCCCAAGCAUAUUGUCCACAGGUCGCUUUGGCGGGUCGGCAAGGACGUGCUGGCGACAAGAUCGAGUCGCAAGCAACAGGCGCAGAGCAAUGGACAGGACGAAGAGCACGCAGGUACUGGGCCAUCGCCUCCUGGGCAGCCAGCCGUCACCAAGCACAAAUUCAAGGCCUUACACGCUCUUAUGCUGCUCCUACAGCCCAACAUGGCCUUCCUGCUGCUCUACAGCAGCCUCAUCUUCGCAAACUUUUACUGCAUCAUGACCUCGAUACCCGCUCAGUUCACCUCAAUCUACCACCUGACCGACCUCCAGACCGGGCUCAUCUACCUCCCGCUCGGCCUGGGCACCAUAGUAGGCUCACAGGUUGCUGGGCGGAGCCUGGACUGGAACUUCCGGCGACACUGCAACCUCCUCGGCCUCCCCUAUGAGCGCAAAAGGCAACAGGACCUCUCCUCGUUUCCGAUCGAGCGCGCGCGUCUAGAGGUUGGUGUUCCUGCCCUCAUCCUGGGUACCUGCGUGGUCCUGGUCUGGGGCUGGGUUCUCCACGCUCGGACGCACCUCGCCGUUCCUUGCGUGAUGCUGUUUCUCGCGGGCCUAGGAUUGACUGGAUUUAGCAAUGUCGUCAGCACGCUCAUUGUGGACAUGAACCCCACGGCUGCGAGCGCGGCGACAGCGAGUAAUAACUUUACGCGCUGCUUAGUGGGUGCUGGCGCGAGUGCCGCCAUUCAGCCCAUGAUUGACGGGGUGGGCAGUGGAUGGGCUUUCACAAUUCUCGCGGGGAUUAGUAUGGUUGCGUCUCCGCUAACUCUUUGGACGUUGUUGAAGAAGGGCAUGGGGUGGCGGAAGGAGCGGGAGGAGAAGAGGGGGCAGCGGGCUGAGGCCUUAGAAAAGACCAAAAGGGAGGAAGCUGUCCAGGAAAAUGAAGAAAACGGCUCCUGA